GGUCAAACUAAAAUGGCAGCGCCCAUGGGAGAGAUCACGCUCGCCAGUAUCGCCAACUUUCGUUGGUUCACUCGCGAUCUGCUCGGCGUCAAAUAUGAGGACUCCCGUCUCUGUCGUUCGCGUUAUCAGGCGAUCUUCAUCCUCCAAGCCUCCGGCGUUUCUUAGCGGUAGCGAGGACAAGCAAGCCAAAGCUCUCGUGUCCACUUCGCGUUGCAUCUACCGCAACCUCGCGUUGGAGCAGUGGCUCUACGAAAAUGCCACGUUUUCGGCAGGAUCGCCAGGCCUGUUGCUCAUGUGGUGGAACGCGCCUGCGGUCGUAAUCGGGCGUCACCAGAACCCGUGGGUCGAGUGCAGCCUGAGCGCGGCCUCUAGGCUCGGUGUCCCCGUGGCCAGGCGAAACAGCGGUGGCGGUACGGUUUACCACGACGCCGGAAACCUAAACUGCUGCUUCAUGGGACACAAGCGCGACUACAACCGCAGGACGAACCUGCAGUUUAUCGCCGACACGCUCAAGGCCGUCUGGGGCGUGCAGUGCACCAUCAACUGCCGAGACGACGUGCUCGUACAGAACGCCUUCAAGAUAUCUGGUACAGCUGCCAAGAUAGGCCACCUAAAGGCAUACCACCACUGCACAGUGCUCGUGGAUGCUAACACCACCGUGCUUCACCAAGUACUGGGAGGACGCUAUAGUAACAUUGACAGCAAGGCAAGUCCAAGCGUGCGAGCGUCCGUCAUGAACCUCAAAGAGCUUUGCCCUCGUCUGACCGUGGAAUCGCUGUCUGCCUCACUCGCUGCCAGGUUCAUCCGCCAGCACCAAGACGAUGCGACAGACGUAGCAUCGAAUCAAGUCGUCCAUGCUGUCGAUCCCUCAGAAGAACAUUUCCCGGGAAUCGAUGCCAUGUGUGAGAAACUCCAGACGUGGAACUGGGUAUUUGGGAUGACACCAAAGUUCACGAUUUGCGAAAGUUUCUUGCUUCCCGCUUCGCAGGCCAGCUCGCUCGAUCUCGGCGAUGCCUUUGGACUCAACGCGGUGGUUAAGGUAGCGCUGACGAGUUACCACGGACUGUUGGAGGACAUACGCGUAACGCCGAGCCUCCGCGACCGAGAACUGCUGCCUGUGAUAUCCGACGGAAUACGUGGUGUGCGGUUCUUGCAGAGUGACAUUGCCGAAGCGUUCAGGAAAAUUGGAGACAGUAAUCCUGAAAACAGUGCCAUAUUGGAGUUUCUUGGGAAGUGCUGUGCUACUCUGGCUGGAAAUGCCUUGAGAUGACAGCUUGCCAGUGUAGUAUUCCAUUUUUCAAAAAUUGUACUUAACGAAUUAUCCUGGAGAGAAAGAAAGAGAGAGAAAAAAAGGAUUCAUAUUUUAACAGUUCUAUGUCAAACAUAGAGACCUGUGAACUUAAAGGAGUACCGACAUGAUUUUGAGGCAUCACAGAAGGGACAUUUUCAGUUUCCUUGGUACGCAGUGUCAAUGCUCUCCACACACCGGAGCCAGACAACACGUAUAAGUUAUUUUACUUUGAUUUUUAAGUUUUCGUCACUGAGCAUCUGCAAGCCAGCCCCACUGUAAUGGACAUUGUCCCGGCGAGUCAACACGGUUCCACUGAAUUUGCGAACUCUGCGUCCUGAAUGUAACCUAAAUUGCAGAGAUCACUGUCGGUGUCACUGGACAAUUCACUCAUCGUUGUUUGCACCACGAGCAGAUGACAGAGCUGCCGCUAGUACGUCGAGAGUUGCUGUUUCCCUGUGACGUCACCCUGCAAUGG